UGAAAGAACCAACGAUACCCACCAUUUUACCAUUUUCUCACUUCAAUGCUUUGGAGAACAGUUGAACUCAUUUAUGAUUUAUGUUCGUAGGUUGUACAUCUUUUACAAGCUAAACAUAAAAGUUAUCAGUCAAAAUAGAAACUUUCUUGUUCUCUUUAAACAUGGAAAAGAUCUGGUUUCUUGCUCUUCUCCUCCUUCAAAUCAUUCCUGCAAAUGUUGCUUUGAAUGUCGGUGUAGGUGUGGCCAUUGGUGGUGGUGGUGGCGGUGGGGGAGGAGGAGCUGUGUGGAUUGGUGGAGGUGGAGGUGGAGGUGGAGGUGGAGUAUACACUAGAACCCCAUCUGGGUCUUCAAAUGCAAAGCUAAAUGCAGCUUACACAGCUCUCCAGGCAUGGAAAUCUGCAAUAACAGAUGAUCCAUUGGGCAUCUUAAGCACAUGGGUGGGUUCCAAUGUCUGUUCUUACAGAGGGGUUUUCUGUUUGAGCACUCAAGAUGGAGAAAUAUCUGGUUCCUCCGGCAACCUUGUUGUGGGAGGAAUAGAUCUGAACCAGGCCAAUCUUCAAGGCUCUCUAGUGAAAGAACUCUCUCUCCUCUCAGACCUCACUCUCAUUCACCUCAACAGCAACCGGUUUUCAGGCACUGUUCCUGAUACUUUUAAAGAUCUCUCAGCUUUAACCGAGCUAGACCUCAGUAACAAUCUCCUCUCGGGCCCUUUCCCUUCCGUCACUCUUCUUAUCCCAAAUCUCGUCUAUUUGGAUCUCAGGUUCAACAAAUUCUCGGGACCCAUUCCUGAAGAUCUCUUCGGUACGAACCUGGACGCAAUUUUCCUCAACAACAACCAAUUCGAAGGGCAAAUCCCUACCAAUUUGGGGAACUCACCAGCUUCUGUGAUCAAUUUAGCGAAUAAUAAGUUCAGUGGCGACAUUCCAUCUAGUUUUGGCUACAUGGGUUCUUCGCUGAAAGAGGUUUUGUUCCUUAACAACCAGUUAACUGGCUGUGUUCCUGAAGGUGUUGGGCUGUUGGGGCAGAUGCAAGUUCUGGAUUUGAGCUUCAAUUCACUGAUGGGUCAUUUGCCGGACACCAUAUCCUGUUUGGACGAGAUUCAAAUUCUGAAUUUAGGUCACAACAAGCUUUCUGGUGUUCUACCAGACCCGGUUUGUUCACUGAAGAGCCUAGUUAAUCUCACAGUUUCUUUUAAUUUCUUUUCUGGGUUUAGCCAGGAAUGCAGCAAGUUGCCUUUCAGGAACGCUGGAUUUGAUUUCUCAGGGAACUGUAUUCCGGGUUCAGACAUGCAGAGGCCACAACCAGAGUGCUCUGUGAUUCCAGGAGGUAACUUGAAUUGCCUGAGAAUUCCUCUAACCAAGCCUCUGGUUUGUGCUUCAAUCUCUGUGUAUGAAACACUACUAUAUGCCAAUGGUAACCCUUAUCCAUCUGAAGUGUUAGCUCCAUCCAUCUCUGCCCCAUCGCCAUGAACAACACAGAUAGAGAGUGAAUGAGAGUAGCAUGUCUU